UUUGACGACUACGAUGUACACACGGUCGAAGACUACUUCCGUUACAUGGAUGAAUACGUGCAUUGGGUUCCUUACGAGGACCACAGCAGCACCAACGUCUUCCUCCACAUUUGUUUAUUCUACUUCAUCAUCGACCUGCCUCCCGUAUCUCAGUUCCAAGAUCUCAUUGAUCCUUCCACCAAGCCGCCGUAUAGAUGGCUCAGCGACUGGCUGAUCCGAUAUGCCCAGGAGAUGGGUCAGUGGAUGGACCAGCCCGGGUCUAUCACCGAAGAGUCCAUCGACUCCUUCUACGCUGCGGACAAGUACCAUAUGCAGGAUUACCCCCGUGUUAAGUGGAAUACUUUCAACGAGUUCUUCGCCCGGCACAUCAAGAAGGAGUUGCGUCCGGUCGCGCCCGACACUCUCGAGUCGAUCGUGAUCACUAGCCCUGCGGACUGCUCAUACGAUGGGCAGUGGCCAAUCGACGACAAAGCCAACAUCACCACUUUCUCCGUCAAGGGUGUGCCAUGGAGCAUCUCGCAGCUGCUCGCCGACACCGAGCACGGCCCCGCCUUCGCCGGUGGCAUCUUUACACACUCCUUCCUUGGUCCGCAGGAUUAUCAUCGCCAACACGCUCCCGUCUCGGGCAGGAUCAUUGAGGCCAAGGUCAUUCCCGGCAUAUGCUACCUCGAGGUCACGGAGGGUGUCAUUGACGUCUCGCCGCAGGAUAGCCUCGACGCCCCGGACACGGCUGGCUACCAGUUCUUACAGGCCCGCGCUUUGAUCCUCAUCGACAACCCCGACCUCGGUCUCGUCGCUGUGCUCCCUAUCGGCAUGGCGCAGGUCUCGUCCGUCAAGCUCAGCGUUCAGGCGGGUCAGACGGUCGAAAAGGGUGACGAGAUCUCAUUCUUCCAUUUUGGCGGAUCGGACAUCAUCAUGGUGUUCCAGAAGGAUGCG